AUGAGCAGAGCCAUUACUAGAGCCCAAUUGGAUAAGGUCGUGCGUAGCAUCACCAAGUUCUAUCCUCAAAAGUACGCAGACAAGAGCUGGGAUAACACCGGUCUUCUCAUCGACUGUUCUACUGCACAAGCCACCGGUGCCAAUGCAAACUCCAAGGCGAAGAUCCUCCUGACUGUGGACCUUACCAAGUCAGUGGCCCAAGAAGCUAUGGAUACUGACUGCAACGUGAUCAUUGCCUAUCACCCCUUCAUUUUCCCCAGUUGGAACAGGCUGAACCCACUUACAAAUCCACAGCACGAAACUGCCAUCAAGCUGAUUCAAAACGGUAUAUCCGUAUACUGUCCUCACACCGCUGUCGAUGCAGCCCGUGGUGGUGUUAAUGACUGGUUAGUCAAGGGUCUAAACGGCGGAGAGGACGUCUCCAAGUCUUAUGCCUUGGAAACCGUAAGCGGCGAAAACGACGACUUGGUCGGCUACGGUAGAUUCGUAGAGUUCAAUAAAGAUGUUUCGUUGAAGCAGGUCAUCGAGAAUGUCAAACGUGCCUUGCGGAUUCCUUACGUACAAGUGGCAUCUGCUGCCACGCCCUCCGCAUGGGGCCGUAUUAUGAUCAAGAAAGCUGCCGUUUGCGCCGGGAGCGGUUCUGGUGUGUUCAAGGAACUGAGGGAGGACGUGGAUCUCUACUACACAGGUGAGAUGUCUCACCACGAAGUGCUGAAGUUGAAAGAAAUGGGCAAAACCGUUAUUGUCUGCAACCACUCCAACACUGAGCGUGGAUUCCUACAAGACGUCAUGCAGGGAUUGCUGCAGGAUGACGGCCACAAUGUGGUCGUCAGCGAGCACGACCAUGACCCCUUGACUGUUGUAUAA